UCCAACCGAAAAAAGUAAUCAUGGUUAAGUAUAAGCUUAUUAGCGAAAUAGAUGUAGCAGCUUCAGCAGAUUUUUUAUGGCCUCUUUUAUCCUCGAAGGAAAUUCCUAAGUUGGCUAAAAAGUUACUUCCAAAUAAAUACGAAAAGGUAGAAGUUCUUGAAGGUGAUGGCGGUCUUGGUACGGUCGUUUACGUAGUACAUCCUCCAGAGUUUGCUUCGACUGAGGCUCUGAAGCUACCUCUCGAAGACAAUGUUCGUGCACCAGCAUUAUAUGUAUUUGGUGAUUCAUUGGUUGACAGUGGAAACAACAAUUACCUUCAAACACUAGCAAAAGUGAAUUACACACCAUAUGGAGUUGAUUUUCGAAAUGGACCUACCGGAAGAUUCAACAACGGCAAAACUGUGGUGGAUUUUAUAGCCAGUUGGCUGGGAUUGCCGUAUGUACCAGCAUACUUGGGUUUAUCGGAAAAGCAGAAGAGAAACACGAAAACGGGUAUAAAUUAUGCAUCAGGAGCAGCGGGUAUUCUUAAGGAGUCAGGGACUGUAACAAUAGGUGACAACUUAAGCUUGGAAGAACAAGUCAAUUACUUCACCAAAACAGUCAAAAUAGACUUGCCCAAGAUAUUCAAAACCCGUCAAAAGAUAUCCCAAUACUUGUCAAAGUCCAUUUUUGUGAUAUCAAUUGGCAGCAAUGACUACAUCAACAAUUACCUUCAACCAGCAUUGUACAAUAGCAGCAAAAUAUAUAAUCCUCAACAAUAUGCUGACCACUUAGUGUCAAAUCUCAAAAAACAUCUAAUGAGUAUAUAUAAAUCAGGAGCAAGGAAAUUUGUGGUAUUUGAAUUGGGUCCUGUUGGAUGUACACCAGCAUUUGUCUUUAGUGCUACUCCAAAACCAACUACACCAUGUGUAGAAAGUAUGAACAGUGUGGUUAAAAUUUUCAACUCUGGAGUUACCAAAAUGACUAAAGAACUCACAGCUACCUUGAAAGGCUCCACUUUCAUUUAUGCAGAUGUCUUCAAGAAAAGCCAUCAAGAGAACUUGCAUCCCAAUAGAUAUGGGUUUUCUGGAGGAAAUAUACCAUGUUGUGCAGUAGGAGUAUCUACGCUUUGUCUUCCGAAUCAGACACCAUGUGCAAACCGGAAUGCUCAUCUCUACUGGGACGCAUUUCAUCCGGUUCAGAGAGUUAACUAUGAAAUUGCUAAUGGAUGUUUUAAAGGAUCGACGACUUGCUUUCCUAUUAACAUUCGCCAAUUAGCUUACCUUUAACUGAAUGCACUCCAUUACCUAUCAUAUAUCGUCCGCAAAUGAUUUUUGUUUCCAAGUAAAUCGCAAUCCUUUGUAGUUUAGUGUUUUUUUUUAUCAUUUCAAGCAGCCAUUGUUAUGUUAUAUGAUCGGGAAUCCAUUUUUAUUGAUAUC